AUGUCUGUUCAGAUCGUUCAACGAUCGAGCACAACACUACAACAUGUGAAUACCCCAACCACCAAGCAGAUCAGAUGGGGAGUUCUCUCGUCAUCCCAUCUUUUUGCUACCGUCAUUAUGCCUUAUCUCGAUUCAUCUUAUUUCACCGUAUGUUUUCAAUUCUGCGUCGAUUCUAUGGAUGUUGCUGACUUCGCGAUUAGCAAAAUGCCAAAAGUCGCCCCACGUCCCACUGAGAAGCAGUCCAAGGAUAUCGAGUUCACCUAUCAAGGUCGAACCAUUGUAGUCACCAUCAGCACCAACGAUCCGUCCGAAAGGAUUUACCGUGAAAUCCAAAAGACAGUCCACCCGGGAGAGCCCUCGAAGCGCAUUGUCAUCUUGGAUAAAAAUGACACAAAAAUGAACCUUCACUACUAUGAUCUCAAGAAGGGUGAUGCAUUCUCACCAAGAGAGAUGACUGCUGCUGGUCUGGCCCCCACUGUCAAGGAGGCGUUAGCGAACAAUCUAAGGCCACUACGACCCGAAGACUGGUCCGUGAAGUUCACUCGGGCGCUCUUCCACCUCAGCAAGAACUACCCCGGCAAAGAAGGUCACCGAGCCGCGGUCGAAAAGCUCGUCCAGAUGGCCGAGCAGCGCCAUAGGACGAAGGGAUUGGAAAAUCGGUUUCUGUGCGGAAUCACCCCAUGGGACAUUCGAAAAGUCACGGAAUUGAGGAUUGCUGAGCUCGCAGAGGAGUCUGGAGACGUGAAUACGUUUACAGGUGGUUUGGGGGAUGCCAUCAAUGAAGUUGAAGCCGAAUCAGAUGAGCAUACGGCGGAGGAAGUGGGAAAUCAACCGACAGCAGUAGGCCAGCACAUGAACUUGGUGGUGCUUGGUGGUAGGCCUCAGAAUUAG